UACGUGGAAACAUGGCGGCGGACUACCAACAAGGAGACAGCACCUAGUAAACGCGACUGAAAGCCGGAUGACAGAUAUUUAACUGUUAGUUCUUUAGAGUUUUCUCGCAUCUAUUUCGCAUGAAGCAGUUUCCCUCUUGUUUCAGCCACAGGGACCGCGGUGAUGGAGGACGAGGAGAGGCAAAAGAAGCUGGAGGCCGGCAAAGCAAAGCUAGCUGAGUACCGUCAGAGAAAAGCUCACGCGGAUUCCCAGAAGAAACAGAAGAAGAAGAAGAAAAAGAAGCCAGCGGAGGACUCGGAGGGAGAUUCACAGGAGAGGGUUGAGGUUGAGCCGGAUCAGUCUGAGGUAGUAGAGGAAGUCUCAGGCGCAGGACAACAUGGAGCACAAGAAGGGAGUAAAGACCCGCCCACCACAGAGUUUACUUUCGCCCGGACGCUGCGGAGUGGAGAGACUGUCAAGCAUGACCAGACCUACACCAUAGAGCCCGAGAGUGAAGUGUCCACUACAGCAGAAGAUUGUUCCUCAGAGGUAAAUGGGUGCCAUGAUGAGACGAUGACAGAGAGCCUAAUGAUGUCUUCUGAGGAUUUUAUCUGGGAGGAAGUGGAGGCUCUGCACCAGGUGUCAAAGGGAGGGAGGAAGCAGGAUAUGGAGGAGGCGCUUGCUGCCAAGACCCUGGCGGUGGAGGAACUGAGCCGAGAGCUGGAAGAAAUCAGGGCUGCUUUUGGCACGGAGGGAGUGCAACAGCUGCAGGACUUUGAGGCUGCUCUGAAGCAGCGAGAUGGGAUCAUCACCCAGCUCACAUCCAACCUCCAGCAGGCCCGAGAAGAGAAAGACGAGAUCAUGAAAGAAUUUUUGGAACUGACGGAGCAAAGCCAAAAGCUGCAGAUCCAGUUCCAGCAGCUGCAGGCCGGCGAGACACUGAGGAACACGAGCCACAGCAGCACAGCAGCCGAUCUCCUGCAGGCCCGGCAGCAGCUCAUGCAGCACCAACAACAGCUAGAGGAGGCAAACGUGGAGGUCAAAAAGCAGCAGGAGCAGAUCAGCCAGCUCCAGCACGAGCUCAGGGAGAUGGAGAAGUCAGGAGGAAUAUCAGAAGAAUCGCUCUCACAAAGGAUAAAGGAAAAGGACCUGCUCGUCACUAAAAAUGAAGAAGUUAUUUUGAGUCUGGAGCAGUCGUUGGCAGAGUUAAGAGCAGCGGAGGCGUCUUUUGCACAAACACUGAAAGAGAAGAAUCAGCUAAUUUCCGAGCAAACUUUAAUAAUCAGAGAACACGAGCUGUCAUUGACCCUUCUAAGAGAGGAGCUCACGCGUGUGGGACGGGCAUUGGAUGAGAAUCUUCAACUCCAGUCGGAUGAAAAAGAUCUGGUCAUAGCCCAGAAAGACAGAUUCCUUUCAGAACGUGAUGUCUCUCUGACUCGGCUCAAGGAUGAGCUGGAGUCUUCUGAAAAACACCUACUGGAACUCCAACAGGAAGUUUCUGCAAAAGAAUCUGAGCUUAAAAUAUGUAUGGAUGAGCUGGAAGGCACUAAGUCUGACUUACAAAGCAGCAGAGGUGAAAUAGAGAGUGUUAAGUUAGAAUUGGAGAAAGAGCGGACAGAGUUUGAAAGCUGUAAAGGUGAACUUGCAGCCUCCAGACAGAAAGAGCGAAUGUCAUCCAAUGAAAUCAAGCAGCUCAUAUUAACAGUGGAGGACCUACAGAAACGUUACCAUAAGGGCAGCCAGUCAGAGAGCGAUGCCGUCCAAAAGAUGCAGGAAGAGACUGAAAGGAAGCUGGAAUACCUCAGGGCAGAGCUGGAUGAGAUGUACGGGCAGCAAAUAGUUCAGAUGAAGCAAGAGCUGAAUUUGCGGCAUGUGGCAGAAAUGGAGCAAAUGAUGGAGCAGCAUCGCACUGAGCUUGAGCUUCUGAAUGUGCAGCAAGUAUCUCUAAGCUACACUUUUGAGGUGGAAUCUCUGAAUUCAAAGAUUAGGGAGCUUCAAGAAACGGUAGAUAGGUCUCAGAAACUGCACAAUACAACCAGUCACGAGCUUAGCCAAGUCACUCAAGAGAAGCUCAACCUGCAAGCCAAGGUUGAGGCCCUCCUCCGGGAUCUCCGUUCUGCAAAAGACAAAGUGGAGCAGGUCUCCCACAGUCUCAUCUCUCAGGAAAGCCAAGAAGGCGAACUGCAACGCCUCCAGGAGAUCAUCGAUCAUCUGAAGAGCGAGUUGGUGGACUCUCAAGAAGCCGCGCACGAGGCAGAAGUGAAACACGAGUCUGAAAUCACCAACUACAAGAUCAAACUAGAGAUGCUGGAGAGGGAGAAGGACGCCGUGCUCGACCGCAUGGCCGAGUCGCAGGAAGCCGAGCUGGAACGACUGAGGACGAAGCUCCUGUUUAGCCACGAGGAGGAGCUAACCUGUCUAAGGGAAGAAUUGCAAAGAGAGAAUUUCCAGAAUGCAGAAAACCUCGCCAAUGAAGCUGCUUCGAAACACAAAAAGACGUUGGAAGAGCUGCGGGUAAGUUAUGAUGCAAAGAUGCAUUUGUUACAAAAAGAGAAGGCACAUUUUGCCACAGAGAGGGAUGAGCUUUUACACCAAAUCAAUGGACUUAAAGAGGAUCUUAAGCUCGCGUUGCAGAGCUCCAAAGCUGAGGAGCUCGUCCAGCAGCUUCAGGAGCUUCAAGUGGAGCUUGAGGAUCUGAGAAAGGGAGGAGAAGUUCAAGCUCGAAUGGAAAAAGAAAUUCAGACGUUACGAAAAAAGACAAAGGAGCUCGAAAACAACACGAAAGAGAAAGAACGAAGUUGGAAAUUGGAAAAGGAGAAAUUGACGGAGACAAAUAAGACUUUGAAAGAAGACUUAAAUUCGAAACUUCUGAAGAUUGAGACGCUCACCACAGAGAGCAGUCAAAUGCAGAAACAAGUCGCUGAGCUUAAUGUGGAGAUCAACAAGCAGAGGACUACUUUCUCAUUUGCCGAAAAGAAUUUCGAGGUGAACUAUCAGGAGCUGAAGGAGGAGUACAGAUGCCUUAUUGAGGCGAAGACGCAGCUAGAAGAGAGGAUACUGAGGCAGGCUCUUGAGUUUGAGAUGAAAAUUGCCAGCUAUCAGUCAAAGAUUCGGGAGCUUGAGGAGAGCAGCAGAGACAUCAAAAGGGAGGACCCAAAUUCGGGCAAGCUGGAGAAAAUGGUGAUAGAAAAAGAUACUACUGAGCUAAUGGAGAAGCUAAAUGUUACUUUGACUGAGAAGGAAAGCCUGGCUGGAAGGCUUUCUGAAGUUACUGAAAAACUGAUGUUUACAGAGAGGAAAGUGGAACAGCUGGAGGAAGAGAGGACUCAAAUGAGAAAAGAAAACGCAGAGGUCAUCGCCCAAAAAGAAAGCUUAAGGAACAAGCUGGAAAAAGAGCAAACGCUUGUGAGGAGGGGGAAGGGUGCACAGAGAAAGUUCCAGCAAGAAGAGCAAGCUGUCGAGCCAGUUUGCUCUUAUGAGGAUCAUCACUCCCAGAUUCAAUCUUUCCAAGAGGAGAUUAAGACCCUUCAGUCCCUCUUACAGGCGGCUGAAUCAGAGAGAGACGGCAUCCGAACGAGCCUGGAGCUCCAGAGGCUUUCGCCGUCUCCAUCCCCAGCAGCAGCAGCAGCAGCAGCAGCAGCAGCAACAACAGAAACAACAACAGCAGCAGCAGCAACAUCAGCUCAGUCCACAGGGGAGGGACCUGUUGAAGGACAAUCCUCCCUGCAGAAGUCCACCGCUUCAGGAGGGUCAAACAGGCGCAGGAGACGACAGAGGUCGAAGCAGGAGCGCAGAGCAGGCAGCGCUCUUUCAGACUGCAGAGAAGAAACACAAAGGGAGGAGGAGGCGGCGGAGGAAGAGAGAGCUACAAGUGCUGCAGAGCCGGAGAUGCAGCCUCAGAUGCAGAGCCAGGUUAUGUCAUGCUCACCGAAGAGGGCCGGUACGGAGGACUCCACUGAUGGGUACCAGGGAGACGCAGGCAGAGACUACAUCAACAAACAGGUGAGCAGACAUGGGACGGGCCGGCGUGCAGAUCCUGCUGUGCAUCAGGGCACAGAGGAAGAGGGAGAGACGACUGAGCAUGGUGAGUGCAGGCUGCAGAUGGAGGCCCAGCGCAUCAGCCUCUCUCAGAUCCACGCUGCCCAGCUGGAGCUGCUGCAGGAGGAGACGGACGCCCGCACCAACUCUGUGCAGCUGAAACUGCAGAACCUGAAAGAUCACGGCAACAAGGAAGAGACAAAAUUCAAAUACCACAACAUGUUACAAGCUGUGUCAGAAGAAUGCAGCGAGAUCAUCCAGUGUUUCCGACAAGUAUUUGGUGAGGAGUUUUUGGAGAACGUUGAGGGUCAGCCGUCUUCUUCUGUGGAAAGACCAGAAACUAGUGAAUCCACCUCCGUUUUACUGCAGGCCAGAGAUCUCUACAGAGAUCUUCAGCAGGUGCAGGAGAGGAUCGAGCAGGAACAUGUUCAACUGUCGCAGCUUCAAGCUCUGCUGAGAGUUGAUGGAAACAAGAUGGUGAAACUGCAGACGGCUUACGAAGAACUAAAGAGCAGCAGUGAGAGGGAGAUCUCUGACCUACGCGUCCAAGUUUCCAGCUUAAGCACCUCGACAGGCAAAGAUGCGGAGGAGCGAGCUGGUGCACCAUCCACCGGCCUGACUCAGGAGAUGCAGAGGCUGAAGGCUGCCGAGCAGAAGAAGCUGGAGGAGAGUCACAGGCAGGAGGUGGAGCGUCUCAGAGCUCACUACCAGCAGCAGGCUACAGAGACCGAGGAGAGGUACCUCACUGAGAUCCUGGUGCUGCAACAGCGACUGACAGAAGUGACAGGCACUGAAACACACUACAGUGCCUCAGAGUCCAGCGCACAUAGGACUGAGGGGCACCGGAAUGAACCAGCAAAGGACCACGUCGAGGAGGGGCCAUCACACGGAGGCGCAGAGUUACGCUGGACCGGCCGACCUGUGGGCCUGACGGCGCAGCUCCAGGCGCUGAGGAAAGCUCUCUACCACAAGUAUGUCCAGGAAGUAUCCGCUCUCAAGGAGCAGCACAGCAGGGAGCUGAGGAGUGUCAGAGAAGACAAGGAGGAGGAGAGGAAAGGAGAGGAGUGUCCGGGAGAAAAAGGAGAGAAGGAGCAGGGUGUGCAUGGUGUGAACGGGGCUGGGAGCUCCAUUGAGAGCCUCGGGGCAGCUGGGCUGGAAGAGAGACAAGACUGGGAGAGGGUGGAGGAGGAAGUCGCCAAGGCCAUAGUUCAGAUGUCUGUGGAGUUUGCGCAGCAGACCGAGCUGGCCCGGAUCAACAAGCGCGCCGGUCAGACGAGCACCUCCAUGCAGACCCAGUUGUCUGAAGAGGAGCUGGAGGAGGAGGAGAAGGAGAACGAGGAAGAGCAGACUCCCGUUUGCUCCCCCGGCUGGCUGCAUGACGCGGAGAAGGAGAGUCUGGAGAGGGAGCUGAGGGAGAGGAACGCAGAGAUCAAAAAGUUAAAAGAGGAGCUGCAGAAAACCACAUCAGGACACGAGCAGACCUUGAAGAAGCCAGACGAUGAGCGAGGAGAAGUUGAGGAAGAGGAAGAUCCAGGAGGGACGAGCAGGAAGCGAGCUUGGGAGUCCCCUGAUAAAGACCCUGAGAGAAAUGUCUUGCGGACUGCAAACCAGAAACUCAGCCAGGUUCUUGUUGACGUCCUGAAAACUACAGCAGCAGCAGAAGAAACAAUGAGCCUCCACAUGAAGAGUCUGAGAGACGCCUCCAGUGGAGGGCAGCAGGCCUCACUGCCCCUCUCCUCCACACAGAUAGCCAACAGACCACAAUCUGCCGGUCUCUCCACGGAAAGUUGCCCUGAUACCGGCGCAGAGGACAUGAGUUUGUGGUUCAGGGAGACGGAAGCCGACGAGGGUCUGGAGCUGUCCCAGCAGAUGAUUGACAGCCUGAUGUUGGGGGCGGGGACACAGCUGGAGAACGAGGAAUAUCUGAUGGGCAUCGGCAGCCGACUCCAGACGGCUCUGAAGAAGAUGUUGAUGGCGAUCACCGACACCACUAAUCAGCUUGAACAUGCCCGGUUGGCCCAAACCGAGCUGAUGCGGGAGUCUUUCCGCCGCAACCAGGAGAUAAACGUGCUUGUGCAGAAGCAGGAGGAGCUGCAGGAGAGGUUGUCUGAAGAGGCCAGAGCGCGAGAAGAACUCGCUCUGGAGCUUCACCGGGCAGAGGGUCUGAUUGAUGGCUACACGGGAGAGCGAGCUGCGUUGGAUGAGCAGUUGCGUCAGAAGGCAGAGCUCCAGCUGAGCCUCGAGCAAGAGCUGCAGGUGACAGGUAGCCGUCUGCACGAGCUGGAGCAGGAGAGGCUUCAGAUGCAGGAGGAGCGCGAGCUGCUGUCACGGCAACAAGACGCCAUGAAGGAGCAAGCAGGGUCCCGUGAGCUCCGCCUAGUUGAAGCUGCAUUGGUUGCAGCACCUGAAGCAGACCUGCUCGAGGAGACAGAGAAGCUGAUGAAAGAGAAGGUGGAGGUCCAGCGUCAAGCGGAGAAGGAAAACACUGACCUCUUGAAGCAGGUGAAGCUGCUGGAGGCGGAGCUUGAGGAGCAGGUCAACAAGGUGAUCGAGCUGGAGCACGCUCAGAGGACGGAGAGCGGGGAUCUCCAACAGCAGAUCCAAUCUCUGGAGAAACAGCUGGAGAAGAACAGGCGUUUCCUGGACGAACAAGCUGUGGACCGGGAGCACGAGAGAGACUUCUUCCAGCAGGAGAUCCAGAAACUGGAACAUCAGCUCAAGAAUCCACAGAAGCUUCAGACUGGCUCAGAGCAGAGAACCCGAGAGGUGGAGCAGCUGACCUCCCAGCUGAAGGAGAAGGCAGAUUGGUGCAGUGAGCUGCUGCUCAGCUCCGAGCAGCUGCGUCGUGAGUUGGGAGAGCGCGACGAGGAGAUUGACAAGCUGGAGAGCUCAGCCGAGCUGGAGCAGGCCCUGGCCAGCGCUGACUCUCUGGAGAAGGUUGAACAAAAGAAGCAGCAUGCAUCCAUCACAGAGGCAAGACAGUCCACACUGGAGGCUCAGCUCCAGACAGAGAGAGCUCUGGAGCGGAAAGAGAAGGAUACUACUAUCUGUAACCUGGAGGAGCAGCUGGAGCAGUUCAAAGAGGAGCUGGAGAAAGAGGAGGUGCAGCAGCUUCACAUGCAGUUGGAGAUCCAGAAGAAGGAGAUCAGCAGCCAGCAGGAGUAUCUGGAAACACGAGAGGGCAUGAUUCAGGUGAUGGCGGAGAAGGACAGUGAAAUAGCUCUUCUUAAUGAACAGAUCUCUAAGCUCCAACACAUUGAAGCAUCUUCCGAUAACAAGGAGAUUGAUCAGAGAGAUGAGCUGAUCAAAGACCUAGAGUCCCAGGUAGAGUGCCUGAGGAGCGAACAACGCUUGAAGAGAAACAACGAAGAGGAGCUGGACCAGCUGAACGCAGUCAUCGACAAACUUCAGCAGGAACUGGUCAACAUCGAGCAGAAGCCACCUGCAGAGGAAGACGAGGACGUAAAGACAGAGCCAGACAGCAUCUUGUGGGGGUCGAACAAAGACGAGUACAACGAAAUAAAGCAGAUGAACAUGGCCACCAAAGAGCUGGACACACUUAAAUCAGAGCACAGUAAGCUGCUGCAGACAUACCUGCGUUUGAAAGAGAGCGCAGAAGCUUUAGCUGAGUCUGAGAAACAGGAGAGCUCUGAGGUAGAAGAAGCUCUCAGAAAAACAGCAGGCCUUGUUGUUUUUCAGGCUCAGGUUCAAGCGUUAGAGCACGCAACAUCCAGAGUGGAAGAGUUGGAUUUGCGUAUUCGGGAGCUUGAGACGGUUGUUGAUGAAAAGGACGGAGAGUUGAGCCGCUGUCGCCUCCUUGUGGAGCAAACACAGAGCCAUGCAGACGGUCUCCAGGAGACCUCCAACCUGGAGAAGAAUCUGAGGGAGAAAGUGGCCGCCGCGCUCGUCAGCCAGGCCACGCUUGAGGCCUUCCAGCAACAGCAGACGCAAGGCUCCAAGCACGCAAGACUCCAAGAAAACCAGGACCAGGAGAGGCAAGCUGAGCCACAUGUGUAUGACUUCAGCAACUUUGGUAUUCCCAAAAUGGACUUCAGUGGAAUUGGUCAAGCCAGACAGGCUCCCACAGAGGUGGUCCAUCUGACCCAGAGGCUGCGGGAGCUGGAGGUGCUGAGCGGGAUGCAGAAAGACCAGGAACUCCAGAAGCAGCUGCUGUCCAUCGAGAGUGUGCUGGAAUAUGAGAAGCUGACUGUGCUCAUGGAGCUGCUCAGUCAGAUGAAGACCAAGACACACAGGACAACUUCUACCGCUGUGAAGGCGUCCUCUUCUGAUGAGCAGCCGUCUGUGUCUGAAGUUCUCCAGGAGCUGCAGGUCAGAGAUGAGGCCUCGGCCACCAAAGAGCAGCUUGACAGCUUCAGGGAGAGCUGCAGCAGACUGCAGUAGGAACUUCAAGAAAAGACAACAACAGUAGAGAGACUGCAGGAUCAGCUUCAAAAGCUAUCAUCCGGAGACGGCGGGGAAACCAGGGUGUCUGAGUUUAAACAGGAGCUGAAGGCUCAGAAUGAGGCGGCUGACACCAAAGAGGAGCUGAACAGCUGCAGGGAGAGUCUGGAGAAGAUGGAGGAGCUGCUGGAGGAGCGGGAGAUGACCAUCGCUCACCUCAAAGCAGAACUCUUCGAAGUAAAAGCUGAUGAAGACGCAACCAACAUGGCAGAGCAGCUGCAGGAGCUGGAUCAAGUCAGAAAGGAAGCCGCCUCCACCAAAGAAGAACUGAGCAGCUUCAGGCAGCAAAACAAGAAACUACAGGAGGAGGUACAGGAGCGUGACGUUUCCAUUUCUGAGCUCAAAGAUGAGCUCCAGGACAUGAGGAAGAGUGUGGAUACCACCAAAGAAGAGCUCAGCAGCUACAGACAGCACAACCAGAAACUGCAGGAGGAACUCCAGGUCCGUGAAGUUUCCAUCUCUAAGCUCAAAGAGGAGCUGCAGGAGCUACGAACAGCCUUGAUGAAGACAGCAGAUCCUGGUCCUCAGUCUCCCUCAGCCCCUCAGUCCUCUCAGCCUCCCUCUCCUUCUUCCUCCACCUCCUCCUCUACCACUCAGCCUAAAAGAAAAGGAGGAAAACAACCAGCCGGUAAAAGCACCAAAGAAAAACAAUCCCUCUCUAGGAAAUCCUCCGGCAACUCCAACCAGUCCUCCAACAAAUCUCAUAGCUCUCGGCUGAACAGCAGCUCAGAGCAGCAGCAGCAGCAGCAGCAGGUGGAUGUAAUGCACUCGUUCACACAGACCGAGCCUCUUCGAGCCGUCGACUUUGGUUCGGAAGGUAACUCUGCAACCAAAGACCAGGGAGAGGUGAUUGGGGAGUUCCAGGAGAAGAUUGUACAGAUGCAAGAGCUCCAUGCGGCGGAGAUCCUGGACAUGGAGGCCCGGCACAUUACAGAGAGCGAGAGCCUCCGCAGGGACGCACAGGCGGCCGAGGACGAGUGUAAGGCUCUGAAGGCUGUCAUCGAUAAGCUGCGCUCCACAGAGGUCCCUUCGUCAAGACAAGAUCGUCACACACACCAGUUCAAAGACGGCUACACAAGUGAAACAGCAGCUCAGUACAGUCAGCGGACCGGAUUUGAUGUGCCGAGCUUACAGCAGGAGUUUAGGACGACUCCAGAGGGCGCCAGGAGGGAGACAGAUGACCAACUACCUGACCGGAUCAAGACGCUGCUCCGUGAGGUGCAUCAGGAGGGCAUGCAGGUGCUCUCUCUCUCAGAGCUCCCUCUCUCUGAACAAGGCAGCCAGUUUAACAUCCAAGGCUGGGUGAAGGAAAGAGACGCCUUACUGGCAACUGUGGAGUCUCUCAAAGGCCUCAUCACACAGAUGCACCACAGAGACACACAGACGUCAGGAGGCGUGGACUGGCGAGGUGAGCUGCUGGACGCGGUGCAGCAGGUGUUCAUGAGGGAGCGCAGUGUGCUGAAGAGCGCGCUCUACAGCCAGCUAGACCUGCUGGACACCAACGAUGCUAUCGUUCAUCUCAACCAGCUGGAGCGCAGACUGGCUGAGCAGGAUGCCCAGCACAGAGAGGCGAUGGGCUCGCUCCACUCUGCAGACAGGUCCAGCCUCUUCUGUGAGGUUCAGCAGCUCCGCGGUCAACUGGAGCAACUUCAUCAAGGUUCCCCACCGGCUGCAUCACUAGGUGUUGCUGAACGUAACUUGAAGGAGCAGAGGGAGGGAGGAGGAGGUCGUGGAGCAGUUGAGGCCGACAGGCUGCUGGUGGAGGAGCUGAAGGCUGAGAUAUCCCAGACUAAACUGGAGCUGGAGACGACUCUGAAGGCUCAACAUAAACACCUCAAAGAGCUGGACACGCUCAGAGCUGAAGUGUCGCAGAAGGCUGCUGAGGUGGACGACAUGAACGACCAGCUGACUGAAGAGAGGAAGAGGAGCAGAGAUCUUCAGUGGGCCAUUGAGAAGGAGAAGUGUCGAACAGGGAGAAAGGAGAGUAAAAGGGAGGAGCUGGAGGAUCUUCAUCUCAGUCUGGAGGAGCAGAAGAGCUGUGUGGCCGAGUUGACCCUGACCCUAGAUCAGGAGCGUCAGUCCUCCUCUCAGACCUCCCAGCAGAGCUGACAGGAGCGUCUGAGCCUCCACAGACGCAUCCCAGAACUCCAGGUCCAGCUGGAGACGGAGCAUGCAAGGUCCCAGGAGAUGAACGCCGCGCUUGGGAGAGAGAGGGAAAUGCGGACGAGUGUGUGCACAGACAGCGGACCCUCUGAUAAGGGAGAAGAGAGGAGGGGGCCCGAGGAGGAGGGCAGGCUGAUGGAGAGACUGCAGAGGGAGCUGGAUGACAAGCAUGCCAGGUGGGAUGUGGUUAAUCUCCUCAGCCAGGUGGAGGCCCAGAAGUUGGAGGUGGUUCGAAAGGACGAGCAGCUGACUCUGGGGAGUCAGAAGUUCAGGCGAGACCAGGAGGCGCUUCAGGAGGCUCAGACCCAGCUGGAGAGGCUGAAAGCACAAAUGUCCUGAAAUUCAGGAGCAGCUGGAGGGAGAGACUGAGAGAGGAGGAAGAGUCUGGAGGAUGAGAAGGAUAGACUGAGAGAGACUGAACAGCUCAGAGGACAGAUCGGAGCUGAUGGCCACAGUCAGGCGGCCUGGAACAGUGAGUCUGGCGAUCGCACCAAAGACUGGGUGCUCCAGCAGAAGAGUGGAACCGUUCAGGCUGCAAGCUCCAGCACAUCUCCUCAUGCGGAGGUCUCUCUGGCCAGCCACAAGAUCCUCGGAAAACUGCACCUAGUUUCCUCAAAGAUCCGCAAGAUGGCGAGCAAGAACACGAACAGGAUGACAGCAGAGGUGGACUCUGAAGAGUUAUCCUGGGUUCAGUCCAAUCUUGAUGAGGUCAUCACCAUGCUGCAACAAUCCCCAGGCCUCCCCUCGCGUCCGCAGAGUGUUUCCCUGCUGGCAGGAGGUCUCCUCAAGCUCCUCCAGCUCCUCCAACUCCCUGACGAGCGACUGCUGAGGCAGAACGCCGAGCUGACGGGAUUCGUCAGCCGUUUGACUGAAGAGAAGAACGACCUGAGGAACCACAACGCUGCGCCUGGAUGGAGGAGCUCAGGACGAUACCGACAGGCUGGUCCGGGAUUAGCGACAGUUUUCAGCAGAGGGAGAGGAGGGUCAAAACAGAUUCUACAGGUCUGCUGCUCUCAUCAGGAGCGUGAGGCUUGGACCAGAGAUAGAGUCCCGUCUGGAGAAAGCUUUAACAUCAGUCCCAGCCCCGGUGCCCUACUCAGGGGAGAGCUCAGGACGGAAACCCUGAGAGAGAUAAGCGGUCCUGAGGCUGACAAUUCUGCACUGAAGAGAAUGUACGGGAAAUACUUGAGGUCAGAAAGCUUCCCGCAAGCGCUGAUCUACCAGAAGAAGUAUCUGCUGUUACUGCUGGGCGGCUUCCAGGAGUGUGAGGAGGCAACACUGUCGCUCCUAACCAGGAUGGGAGGCAGGCCGUCGAUCACCAACCUGGACUCCCUCAACCAGCGCCGCCGGGGGUUGAUGCGCUUCCGCUCUGCUGUGCGAGUCUCUAUCGCCCUGUCCAGGAUGCGUUUCCUGGUCAAGCGAUGGCACAAAGCGACGGGGAUGAGCUCAUCAGGCUCCUGCAGCAUCAACAAGAACGGUCAAACAUUAGGUACAGAGGUGAGAGACUCCCCUUAUCUCCACCCAGGCAGUGUAGAGAUGUACAGAGACAGAGGAAGUGGAGGAGGAGGAGGAAUCUCCAGCAGCAGGGGGCGAAGUGGACGGGAGUCUCCUAGAUCAGCUUCAGCAGUCUCCUCCACACAACACAGGUUUCAUAUGGCUGGAGACCCCGGAGCUCUCACCUGCUCCCACCUACAGAGCUACGACCCCGACCGAGCGCUCACAGACUACAUCUCCAGACUGGAGGCGCUGCAGAGGAGGCUGGGGAGUGUGACAUCAGGUGCUUCUUCGUACGCUCAAUUGCACUUUGGCUUAAGAAGAUAGAUGCCGUCAAGACACUUUGGCUUGAAUAAACUCAGUUGCCUUUUCUCGU